AUGCGCAACAACGUCUGCCACUUGCCCAAUGGGCAGUUAAUCUCAGUCUCGCCUGUGUUCGGGGGCUUCACCUUCAGGAUCCACGAUGCACACUUGGAUCGCUCCUUACUCCCUCCUGGAUGGACGAUCGUCCUGUACACCAGACAGCAUACUCAGGAAAAGGAGAAGUCUGAUGGAGCGCCUGACCGGGCUCGUGAAGCCGGAGGAAAGGGUGACGACCAGUCGCACAGCUCUCGAUUCACAGCACCGACGUUGCGCGACGAUUGCCUGUACCUCUCAGCCAUCGUCAGUCCUGCAAACAGCGAAUAUAAACCCGCUAUCUCUGCUUCUCGCCAGAUCGCCAUGAUGCUCUGGGUUACACUCUGGUGGUACUUCCACGAGCCCGAACCUGACCUCCACCUUGAGACGGAGGCUUCGUCGCGCACACCCGUGGCGGGUAGACCGAAGGGCGAAUGGCGGGUCAAUAUCAAGCGCGAGGGCAUCUUCAAGGGACGAAACGUGCUUCAGAAGCUGGAACGGAUGGGGCUGGUUGCCACCGAGGAUUCAUCCGUGGGGCCGGAUGCCUUCGAUAACGAGUCAUGGGAGUCGAUGUUCGUGAGCCGACGCUCUUUCUGGCAGAUCGAUCCCCGUCUUUUCGUCUUCUCUUUGAGCCCUUUGAAUACGGGGCAGAAUGUACCCGGCUCUUCGCAUCAUACCCGCCAGUUGUCGUCUCCAACCCGUGAGACGAUGUACCUCGCUGAUUCCGGUCCUCCCCCCAGCGACACUAGCCACUACGCACCCAACGAAGGGCCGUUUGCCUCUAGUACCAAUCUUCCAACUUACUAUCCCCCGCCAGCUACUCAGUACACCUUCACAAAUGGAGUCCGACACCCCAUCAGGCCCAAGCCACCGCACCAGGGAGAUGUAUUCUACAUUCGAUACAUUCCCAGCGUCGGGCAAUAUCUCUCAUUCCGUAUCCCAUAUCUCCCUUCACAGAAGACUCAGGCUCCAGGAGGAGCACCCAGUAAAGCACAUACCUCUUCAGCCUCAACCAGUGACCCAGUGGUCUCGAACACGCCUUCGGACCUCGACUACCUGCACAAGUGGAUGAACGACCCAAGAGUCAGCGCAGCAUGGGGAGAGGCCGGACCAAUCUCCCACCAGGAGGAAUUCCUUCGCAACAACCUGAAAAGCCGACAUAGCUUCCCGGUUAUCGGAUGCUGGGACGGCAAACCCUUCGGAUACUUCGAGAUCUACUGGGUCAAAGAAGACCGACUGGGACAACUCAUCGGGGGCGCCGGCAAUUACGACCGGGGGAUCCACCUGCUAGUCGGAGAGCAGGAGUACCGCGGUGCGCACCGGGUGCAAAUCUGGCUGAGCGCCUUGGUGCACUACUGCUGGCUCUCAGACCAACGCACUGAGACAGUCAUGCUAGAACCUCGAGUGGACAACACAAAGGUCCUCGACUACCUCCAAAAAGCAGGCUUCUACAAAGAAGGCGAAGUAAGCUUCCCACACAAACAGUCCAACCUGAUGAAAAUCAAACGCGACAGCUGGGAAGCCCCAGCCAUAUAA